AUGUCGAAGAGUUUCGACGACUCGGACUCGACGUCAGACAUGUCCCCCUCUGCACCCACCUACUCGACGUCCGUGCCUGCCGGUGCGCGUCGACCCGACGUCGACGACGGUGACGCCGGCGGGGUCGGGAUCGGCGCUGGGGCGCCGCAGCGCAGCUCGACCUCGACCACCAAACGCGCUCGCAAAGUCAAGGAGCGGCUACGAAUCACACACGCUUGCGAGCGAUGCAAGUACAAGAAGGCGCGUUGCAAUGUAAGCUCAUGUCCAGAGAAUCUGCCACCAACCCUUCGUUGUGUGUUCGAAUCGCCAGGGCGGGCGAGUCCGUCGCAUCUGAGUCCGACACCGUGACUGACACUCCGCAUUCGCUUCUCUCUGUUGGCUUUCGGGUCGCCUUUCGCACGCGCCUCGACGGAUCGCCCUCCUGUGGUUCGCGCUGGACUCUCUGUGCGACCUCUAAUUCGCGCUCGAUCAACCGGCCCCCUCUCGCAUAUCUUCGGCCUCGACUACACGAACACGAUCGACCCUUCCAUCAUCAUCACUCCCCUCCCCCUCCCUUUUGAUUUUUAUUUAUUGGCUGCCCCCUCUUACAGGGCGACCAACCCGUGUGCGCCAACUGCAGCAAAUCAAAGGCCGAAUGCGUAUAUCAACCCGAGCUCGACGGCCGAAAGCGAAAAAAAUUGACCCGCACGAGCCUACCUGCACGUUCGGGCUCGUCGUCGUCGUCUACGUCGCAUCGAAUCCUGGAGGCUUCUCGUGAAGACUCGUUGGGUUAUCACCAGGGCAGCGGCUCAGGCGCAUCGGAACCGGGUCGGUCGCGCCCCAGAUCAACGAGCACCGCCGCGAGCCAUGCCCACGUCGUUCAUGGACCACAUCCCAGGCACGAUCGCCCCCCAACGUCCGACCCUACCGGCGCAUUCGCUGCGACAAGCGCCGACGACGCCGAGAACACGGUCCCGUCCCCGCCUCAGCAUCACCACGGCCUCUCCCAUCAUCAUCCUCACUCUGCCGCGCCAAGUCACCACCACCCGCAUCAGCUGCCACCGCCCCAUCCUCACCACCACCACUUUGAGCCCGAUGGCCCUCCCGACCUCCCCGGCAAUCUCGUCGAUUCGAGGUGGACGCCUUCGCACCACCAUGCGAGUAGUGCUGGGGGCAACUCGUCGGUGGAACGUCUCAGUCUACCACCCGAACACUUUCACCAUUCACCUCACCAGCCAUUACCGCACAUGUCGUUGCUGAACCUCUCGAACCCGAUUCUUCCCCCGCCGACCGGUCCCGGGUGGCCCAUGGUGUCGCCCCAUCAGAUCUCGCCUUCGAUCGACCACGGGCAGUAUCACGAGCAAGAGUCGCCGUUCCAUCACCAGCAACAGCCCUUGCAUCCCCCGCUGUCGCAUUCGCAUUCGCAUCCGCAUUCGCAUCCGCAUUCACUUUCACAUCCGCAUUCGCAUUCGCAGCCGCACCACCCCUACCCGCCGCAUCACGAUCAGAAUCAGCAUCAGCAGCAGCAACAGCAUUCCGAGCAGCAACAGCAGCACGAUCACGAGAAUCAGAAGCAUCAACGAUCUGGGUACGAUUUUCACCACAACCCUCCCGUGCUCCCGAGUUACAUCGGUAUGAUGGGGCCGAACCACUCGCACACAGGCCCUCCUAUCCUCGGCUCGGUCCCUCCCGUGGCAGGAGGUCAAGCCAGUGCCCUGUCACCUUCACCCUCACCACCGCCACAUCAUGGUCAUCAUCAGCUACACCAUUUGAUACGACACGAUUUUGUGGCCCACCCCUCGCAAGACCCUCCUUCAUCCGUCGACGCCGACCCACACCACGCGGGCGUCGACCCAGGGGCUUCAGGAGGUUCGCUGGAUCAGCUUAGCGCGCUCGCCGCCGAACGGCACGGAAUGGAGGACUAUCGGCCCAUGGGCCGUCCAAUCGAGUUCAACUACUUGAGACCCUUUGGACCGACGGCUAUUCAACCCGGACUUCAGCAAGUCAGUCUCUCGCUCUCGUCGAUCGAGGCUCACCAACCCAUGAUGGGGACGCCCAGUCCGCGCGAUCCUCAUCGGAGGACAUCCUACUCACUCGCGCGGCAUGGGAGCCAUCUUUUUCGGGACCCUAGUCCACCCGACCACCUCUACGCACCUGGUUCCGAUAUCCCCCGACAGGACGUGCUCGACGACCUUGUGCCCCUCUUUUUCCUCCGCAUGGGAUCCGAGUUCCCCUUUCUGAACGUGCGGCACGUGCAAGAGGCGUGCGGGCAGGAACCGUUCGGCAUCUCUCAUCCCCCGGGACGGAAAAGUGGCUCGUUGUUAUCGACUCAGCUCGACGGUCCCCUUUUGGUCAACACGAUUUGUGCUGCCGCAGCUCGGUUUUCUGAAGCGUCGUCGAUCGUACAACUCGAACAAGAGCCCGCAACAUGGGGCAUCGCAUUCGCGAACAAGGCCAAGCAGCUCCUGACGCCUCUACUCGGCUUGCCAUCGUCGGGCACGGUCGCGUCCUUGCUGCUUCUCGCGCACCACGAGUUUGGGCUCAAUUCCGAAGGUGCACUUUGGAUGUACACGGGGAUGGCGGUCAGGAUGGCGCAGGACAUCGGACUGCACUUGAACAUCCAGAGACCGACGAGUGAUCGGAGGAAGCGUGCGCAGGACUCGCUGCUGUGGUGGAGCUGCGUGACGAUGGACCGUAUGCUCUCGAUCGGUACUGGCCGAGCUUCGAUGGCGAAGGAACACGAGUCAUUUGUAAGUUCAUAUCGGGUACUUACCCCUUGAGGUGGAUUUUGUUCCGGGCUAAUUGAGUCCUUUCUCGUCUUUUGAUGCAGCUCCCCGCUCCAACGGACGAGGACAUUCAAGUCGUUGCCCAAGAUGUAGCGGUUCCAAAUUUGCACAGUCUCUUACCUUCCCCUUUCCCACACUACGUCGCACUGCAAAGAUUGGUCGGCCAGCUGGCGGAUAUCGUGAACGUUACUUCAACGACUUGGGGCUCUCCGAUGGACGACAGUGCAUCGGCCGACGAUGACCGCGAGCCCAUCUCGGCCGAGUCCUCGCAUCGUCUGGCGGGCUCCGGCACCGAGCGUGGGGCCGAAGACCUCUACGCACUCGAGCACGAGAUCCGUACGCUGUAUCACAAUCUCCCCCGAGAUCUUGGGUGGUCGACUUCCAAGUGAGUGUUCUGUGAAUGACCGUCUUCGGAUGACAGAUCCGUGUUUGAUAUCUCGCCCCCACCCUGCAGCUUUCGGCGUCAAAUCGCGCGUGGCACGGUCCCGGUGUACCUCCAUUUGCACCUCUGGUACCAUGCCGUCAUGAUCAUUCUCUACCGGACGCCGGUGCUGCACCCCAAGCUCAACGCCGCAAAGCCUGCUCUCACAGACCGCUUGCGCCAAUCGAUUGUCUCGUCGGCGUGCGAUUCAAUCCGAGAGGUCCUUGCGGUGUCCGAGACGAUCGAUGCUUCGAGAAUCGCAUCAUGUCCUUUUGUUCAUCAGCCGCUCUUCGUUGCUGCGCUGGCGUGGGCGCAGGAGUAUCGACUGCGUACGGGGCGUGAUGUAUUGUCGGCGCCGCCUUUGAACUCGCAUGCUCAGGCCCAGAUCGAGGGCAACACCGAAGCGAACGGACCGGGCUCUGCAUCGGCGGCAGGAAGCGACAUUCUCGCGAUCGAAGCGUCGAAGAAUUACCAUCUUGCGUCUGCGGCGUUGGCGAGACAGUCUCGAUUCUGGUUGGGCGUGCGCGGGAUUGUCAAGCUUCUCGAACGGCACGCAAUCGGCGCUUCCGGGGAAGGUGUAGAUCCUCAGAUUCGUCCGAGUGGAUCGCAGGUCUUGUUGACGCUGUGUUCGGAGAAUGAAAUGGGCAUUCUGGCGAGGUUACACUCGAGGAUGGGUGGAGGGUUCGAUGGAAGGGAGGGAAAGGGCAUUGCGACCCCCAAUAUGGCUUCGACGAGCCCACAGGGCGAAGCGACGAAUCGGGAUCAGGAUCAUCGGCAUCGUCCGAUCGGAUCAGGUGAACAACAGACGGUGGAUGCGCUGUUUGGGAUGCUGCACCCUCCGACGUCAAUGUUGGGUGAUGAAGGUGGCGUUCUUCGUUCGUCGAUCAUGAGCGAGAAUGGUUCUUCGUCGAACGUAAACAACCGCCCGCCCACAAGCCAAAGUGAUUCCGCACCCAACGCAAGCCCUCGAGUUGACCUGACCCAUGAUGACUUUGCUCUGGCUUGUGAGUGGAUCGCUUCUAUGAAUUCUCAACAGUGACAGAAUAUCAAUUGACAUCAUCUCUCCCUCCACACCGGCAGAUACCUUCGCAGGCUCGAUCUCUGCCGAUGGCGCACCUCGAACCGGACCCGCUUCAGCUCCAGUACAUGGCACACAACCUUCGGCUUCUUGGAGAUGA